AGGCCCAGUGAGGUCAGCUCAUGAAUAUUGCUUCAUUUUCCUGAGAGGCUCUGGCAGCGCCGGGUACCUCGUGUGCGGGUGCCCGUCUCUCUGUGCAUGCAUUUCGCCAGCCCGGCAGCAGACAAAGUGGUGCUCUCAGGGCGGCGGCGGCGGCGGCGGAGGCGGAGGACGCCGCCGGUGAUGGACGUCUCCCCGAGAUAGCCGCCGCCAUGAGCCAGCCGCCUGCAGGGGGCGCAGCCGCCGAGCCUCGCCUCCACCCCGAGGGCAGCAGCAGCGGCAGCGGCGGCGGCGGCGGCGGCGGCGGCGGGGGGGAGCGGGAGGGGGCGGUGGCUCCGCAGCCGCCGCCGCCGCCGCCGCCCAAGCACUGGCGGGGGAAAGCGGGGCGGUCUCCGCUGAAGGGCGCGGGGGAGGCCGCCCCGGCGCCUCCAUCGUCUUCCUCGGGCGCGGGGAAGGGCCGCGGGGCGGCGGGCGGCGGGUACUGGAAGGAGGGAUGCCUGCAAAGUGAGCUCAUCCAGUUCCACCUCAGGAAGGGGCUGGCGGCGGCCGCCCAGAUGCAAACCAAGGGCAGCAACCACAGCGGCAGCGGCAGCGCUUCCUCCUCCUCCUCCUCCUCCUCCGCCUCCUCCUCCGCCUCCGCGGCCGCCGCCCCGGCCGAGACUCCCCCGGCCGCCUCCGCCUCCUCGCCCUCUGCCAUGGCGGCGGCCGGGGCGGAGGGGCUGCGGCAGGGCGAGGCGGGCGGCGGCAGGAGCGGCGCCCCCGAGGGCUCCCUGAGCCCGCAGCUGCAGGAGGAGAUGCAGGAAGAGAUGGAGAAGCUGCGGGAGGAGAACGAGAGCCUCAAGAAUGAGAUAGACGAGCUGAGGACAGAGAUGGACGAGAUGAGGGACAGUUUCUUCGAGGAGGACGCUUGUCAGCUUCAAGAAAUGCGCCACGAGCUGGAGCGAGCCAACAAGAACUGCCGGAUCCUUCAGUACCGGCUGCGCAAGGCCGAGCGCAAGAGGCUGCGCUACGCCCAGACCGGCGAGAUCGACGGCGAGCUCUUGCGCAGCAUGGAGCAGGACCUCAAGGUUGCGAAAGAUGUAUCAGUGAGACUUCAUCAUGAGUUAGAAAACGUGGAAGAAAAACGUACUGUAACAGAAGAUGAAAAUGAAAAAUUAAGACAGCAGCUCAUAGAAGUUGAAAUUGCCAAACAAGCACUACAGAAUGAACUGGAAAAAAUGAAAGAGCAAUCACUGAAAAGAAGAGGGAGCAAAGACCUACCAAAAUCAGAAAAAAAGUCACAGCAGACGCCGACAGAGGAGGACAAUGAAGACCUGAAAUGCCAGCUACAGUUUGUCAAAGAAGAAGCAGCCUUGAUGAGGAAGAAAAUGGCUAAGAUCGAUAAAGAGAAAGACAGAUUUGAACACGAGCUGCAAAAAUAUAGAUCAUUUUAUGGGGAUUUGGACAGUCCCUUGCCAAAAGGCGAAGCAGGUGGGCCACCUACCACAAGAGAAGCUGAACUCAAGCUUCGAUUGAGACUGGUGGAGGAGGAAGCUAACAUUCUUGGGAGGAAAAUAGUGGAACUAGAAGUAGAAAAUAGAGGACUGAAAGCAGAACUUGAUGACUUAAGAGGAGAUGAUUUCUCAGGGACCGCUAACCCGCUUCUGGGAGAGCAGAGUGAAUCCCUGUCAGAAUUACGACAGCAUUUGCAGCUAGUAGAAGAUGAAACAGAAUUGCUGAGGAGAAAUUUAGCUGAUUUGGAAGAACAAAACAAGCGCAUAACAGCUGAGCUGAACAAAUACAAGUACAAGUCUGGGGCCCAUGAGAGCUCUAGGCACCAUGAUAAUGCCAAGACAGAAGCGUUACAGGAGGAGCUAAAAGCUGCACGAAUGCAGAUCAAUGAGCUGAGUGGCAAAGUCAUGCAACUCCAGUAUGAGAACAGAGUCUUAAUGUCCAACAUGCAACGCUAUGACUUGGCCUCUCAUCUUGGGAUCCGUGGCAGUCCCAGAGACAGUGAUGCGGAAAGUGAUGCAGGAAAAAAAGAGAGCGAUGAUGAUUCCCGCCCCCCUCACCGCAAAAGGGAAGGCCCCAUCGGUGGGGAAAGCGACUCCGAAGAGGUACGCAACAUUCGGUGCCUGACACCCACGAGGUCUUUUUAUCCGACACCAUCUGGGUGGCAGAAGAACUUCACUGACAGACAGCAGAUGAAGGACAUUCGCUCUGAAGCUGAGCGGCUGGGCAAGACAAUAGAUCGCUUAAUUUCUGACACCAGCACCAUCAUAACAGAGGCGAGAAUUUAUGUAGCUAAUGGGGACCUCUUUGGACUGAUGGAUGAGGAAGAUGAUGGCAGCAGAAUACGCGAGCAUGAGCUUCUUUACCGGAUCAACGCACAGAUGAAGGCCUUCAGGAAAGAGCUCCAGGCUUUCAUCGACAGACUCGAAGUUCCAAAGUCUUCGGAUGAUCGAAGUGCAGAUGAACCUUUGUCAGUGAGUCAGAAAGUCACAGACGCAAUGUUCCAGCCUAUCAUUUUACUUAUUCUCAUCCUUGUAUUAUUUUCAUCCCUUUCAUACACAACAAUAUUUAAACUUGUCUUCCUUUUUACACUGUUUUUUGUACUGUAAGCCAUUCAUCAUUUACUGUUCAUUGUAGUAUUAUUUUCAGUUUGUUUAUUUUGUCCACCCUCCAAGAUAAGAAGUGCAAGAGACAUAGUUUCUGUAAUAGCCACUGCUGUAAAAACACUGAAGACUACUUGUUUGCCAAAAC